AUGGUUCAAGACGUUGAGACCAAGAAGCAUAUACAACUUCAGGCAGUUAAAAUACUUAUUCUUGAUAAAUUUCAUGCAGUUGAGGAAGUACAAGGGAGAUUCGCACUCAAGCAUUGGCUUCAAACAGAAAGAAAGAGAAACAAAUUUGCAUGCAUAAAGGCAACUCUUAGGUUCAGUAUGGUGGUGACACGACAUGGAGCUGGGGGAUCAGGAUCGAGAUCUGGAUCUGUGUUGGGCGAUGGUACCGAGCCUGUUGACGAAAGGCUGUGUGAGCUCAUCGCAGCCGAGGUUACGAGGGGAAUCCUUGAUGUUACCCCAGUUAUCUUUGGGACAGUCAAGGAGGUCAGGGACCCUAUUGUUAUCCGACGCUGGGUGGCGGAUAUAGAGAACGCCCAGUGCACGAGUUCUUGCCCUGAUGCGGAAAAGGUGGAUUUUGCUUCAUGUAUGCUGAGAGACAGAGCCCAAUACUGGUGUGGAGAGGUGACUAGUCAGGUGGGAGCAGCCGUUGUGGCUGAGAUGACAUGGGUUGACUUUGUUCAACGAUUUGAUUUGGAGUUUGAACCAAAUGUUAAGGUGCAGCGGUUGGUGAGGGAGUUCCAGGAGCUCCAGCAGACCAACGAUAUUGUGACGGAGAUUACUGCCAAGUGGAAGCCUGAGCAGGCACAUACAGGAGUAGGACAGGCUAAAAAGCCUAAGACCUCGAAUUCAUCCAGUAAGGGACAGCAAGUCCAUGGCCAGUGUGCCAAAUGUGGGAGAUCUUAUGGUAGAGUUUGCCAGGGGAUAGGCCUGGUUGAUUGUCCAAGGUUGCAAGGAGGAAGAGGAGCAGUGGCGGCACUUGCGUCCGCCACGAUGAGGAUUAUUGAUGGUCGCGUUGCUAAGGCGGAUGCUUUAGCGGUGAAGAGCCGGACCUUUUUAGUCAAUGGUAUGUCGGCUCAUGUUUUGUUCGAUUCGGGUGCCACCCGAUCGUUUGUAUCUCUUGCGCUUAGUAAGAAGUUUUGGGAUGAGCUGGGAACCUUAGAUUCCCUGCUUAAGGUGGAGAUUGUGGAUGACCACACUCUGAGUGUUGUGAGGGUGUAUCGGGACUAUGUCCUAAAUGUGCUUGGGGAGAGGUUUCGUAUUGAUCUAGUCCCGAUACCGUUGCAAGGGCUGAAGGUGAUUGUCAGGAUGGACUGGUUAGGAGCCAACAUGGCCAUGAUCGACUGCGAGCAUCAGUUGGUGAAGGUUCAAAUUGGUUAUUCAGGGAGAGAGGCCCUCGUAAGGGCUGACCCUCUGUUCAGCCGCGAGAGCUAG